AUGGCUGAAAUCACGCUCCCAUAUACGCCCAUCGAAGACAUUCCCAAGAUCCAUGCGCGGGCCCGCGCAGCGUUCAGGGCUGGACGGACGAAGGACGUCGCCUUCCGGAAGGCGCAGAUCGCCCAGGUCGGGUACAUGCUCAAGGACAACGAGGAGGCGGUCAUCGCCGCCAUGAAGCACGACCUCGGCCGCCCACCGCUCGAGUCCGAGAUGAUGGAUCUCUCACCGGUGUACGCCGAGGUCCGGGCCGCGUACGCCAAUCUCGACCAGUGGGUGAAGCCGCAGGCGGCCGAGUUCUCCCUCAACUUCUUCGCCAUGGGCCCCAAGCUCGUCGCGGAGCCCAAGGGCACGGUUCUCAUCAUCGCGCCGUUCAACUUCCCCGCCUUCCUCCUCUUCUCGCCCCUAGUCAGUGCGAUAGCCGCGGGCAACGCCGCAGUCCUCAAGCCGUCGGAACAGACGCCGGCGAUCAGCAAGAUCUUCGCGGAGCUGCUGCCCAAGUACCUCGACCCGGAGCUGUACCACAUCAUCAACGGAGGCGUCCCCGAGACGACCAAGAUUCUCGAGCUGCCGUGGGACCACAUUCUUUACACCGGAAACGGUCGCGUGGGCCGCAUCGUGGCCACCGCCGCGGCGCGGCACCUCACUCCGACCACGCUCGAGCUCGGCGGGAAGAACCCCGUCGUGAUCGACCCCCGCGUCGACCUCGACCUCGCCGCGCGGCGCAUCCUCUGGGGGCGCUUCACGAACGCCGGGCAGAUUUGUCUCUCCCCCGACUACGUCCUCGUCCCCGCAGACUUCCAGGACAAGUUCGUCGCCGCGCUGGAAUCCAUGUAUAAGACCUUCUACCCCGACGGCCCGGAGAAGUCGGACUCGUUCUCGCGCGUGGUCACAAAGGCGCACACGCAGCGGAUCAAGCGCCUCGUCGACGAGACCACGGGCACGAUCGUCUGUGGCGGACAGUCCGACGUCGAGACGCGGUACAUCGCGCCGACGAUCGUGCGCGACGUGCGCGAGGGCGACUCGCUCCUCAGCGAGGAGAUUUUCGGGCCGGUGCUGUGCAUAGUGCCGGUGAAGGACGUCGAUGAGGCCGUCGCGUUCAUCAACAGGGGCGACCACCCGCUCGCGAUCUACGUGUUCUCAGAGGACCCCAAGUUCGAGCAGAAAGUCUUCAGCAACACGAAGAGCGGAGCAGCUGUCACGAACGAAGUCGUUAUCAUGCCUGGCGUGCACGGCCUCCCCGUCGGCGGCGUCGGCGCAAGUGGAUACGGGUACUACACGGGCAAGCACGCGUUCGAGCAGUUCACGCACCUGCGCGUGUCGCUCAAGAACCCGAGCUGGGUCGACAAAAUCGCGUUCGGGUUCCGCUUCCCGCCGUACACGCCCUCGUACCGCAAGAACAUGCGCCAGAUGGGCGGCCGGCUCCCGCCGCGGCCCGCCGGCGGGCUCGCGAAGGCGGCGCCGAAGAGGUGGGCGUUCUGGCUCGCGUUCGCGCUCGUGGGCGCCGCGGCGGUGCUGACGCGGCAGCGGCAGCUGAGGUUGGCGUGA